AUGGAUUGGGGUGCUGUGGGUCGACUUUGGGAAAAUUGGGCACUGCACAAUGUGGGCUCUUCAGGCCGACCUCUGAAGGCGGCCCUUCUGAUUAAUUACGACCAAGCGGGGCCUUCUCGUCUGCUAUCCACCAUUGCCGAGCAAGAGGGCAUAAAAACCGAUCCAAUUGAAAUAAGUCAGUUUGUCAGCUUUGUUAAGAGAAACAAACUCCAAAUGGGGAGUUUCUUUAUUGGGAGAAACCAAUAUCUGGUGACCUCGAUUCACGAGAGCUGGUUCUGUGCACGCUGUUUGAACACGACAAAGCAGGCCGGUGAAGGUGCUAUUGUAAUGCAGACAUCGGCUUUUCUAUUGGUUGGCAUAUAUGAGGGCUCGAUUGGACCUGCCUCUCGUGCGAUGGCUGCCGUUGAUCAGUUUUCGGGGCAGUUAACUCGAAGGAACCUUUGA